UGUCAAAGGUGCCUCCUGAAAAGAAGUGAUGUCCCUGGAUGCCCUCAAGAUGGCAACUGCUAUACACCGUUUCGGUGGCCGCCUCGGUCUUAUGUGCAAAUUAAAAAAUAUUUAUAAUCAUUCACCUUCAAAAGACAUUUUGGGCAGAGUAAUUCAGACAAACCACAUCCAUUCAAAUGCGCCUUUACUGGGUACUAUCAAGAUCGACAUGCCCUCACUUUCGCCCACAAUGGAAAAAGGCAACAUUGUGAAAUGGCACAAAAAAGAAGGGGACACUAUUUCUCCGGGCGAUGUUCUCUGUGAUAUCGAAACUGACAAGGCGAUCAUGUCCAUGGAUACAGAGGAAGAAGGCGUUUUAGCCAAAAUUUUGAUCCCAGAGAACAGUAAGGACGUGGUCGUGGGUCAGCUCAUCGCGGUGAUGGUGGAGGAAGGAGACGACUGGCAGAGUGUGGAGGUUCCCGCUCAGGCUGCUGCUCCUUCUCCUGCUGCAGCUGCUACUCCUGCUGCUCCUGCUGCUGCUGCUGCUGCUGCUCCUGCUGCUGCUGCUGCUCCUGCUGCUGCCCCAGCAGGCUCAGGGCAAGACCACGGACACUUGAUGGGCCCUAGCGUGAAAAAACUUCUCCAAGAGUACAACCUUCAGGCGUCGGCUAUCCCAGGCACAGGACCGGCGGGAGCUUUGUUGAAAGGUGACGUGCUGAGCUACAUCAAGUCCCAGAAUCUGAGCAAGGUGGCCCAGCAGGUGGCAGCAGCAGCACCGGUAGCCCCGCCCCCAGCACCUGCAGCCACAGCGCCGGUGGCGUCAGCAGGCGGCAGUUUUGUGGACAUCCCCCUGAGUAACAUGAGGAGGACCAUCGCCAAACGACUCACUGAGUCUAAGUCCAGCAUCCCGCACGCCUACGCCUCCAUUGACUCAGACGUGGGACCUGUGACAGCGCUGAGGCAGAAGCUCAAAGAGGACGGGGUCAAGGUCUCUGCCAACGACUUCAUCGUCAAGGCCGCCGGGCUGGCUCUGCAGAGAGUGCCGCGAGUGAACGCCAUCUGGGCGGGCGACGGGCCCCAGCUCUCCUCGACCGCCGACAUCUCAGUGGCUGUGGCCACGCCUAACGGACUCAUCACGCCGAUCGUGAGAGGGGCUGCGAAUCUCACCGUGGAUCAGAUCAGCGACACGGUCAAGGAACUGGCAGGCAGGGCAAAGGAAGGCAAGCUUCAGCUGCACGAGUUCCAGGGAGGUAGUUUCAGCAUCUCCAACCUGGGCAUGUUUGGCAUCACGGAGUUCACGGCGGUCAUCAACCCGCCCCAGCUGGCCAUCAUGGCGGUCGGCACCUCGCGGGCCGUGGCGCUGGACAGCGGCGAGGGGCUGCGCAUGACGGUGACCUUGUCCUACGACAGCCGCGCGCUGGACCCUGUAGAUGCCACCCGCUUCCUGGAGGAGUUCCGCGCCGCCCUGGAGAACCCGCAGUCUCUUCUGGCGGGCACGCGACUCGACUCCCAAGCCGAGGCUUUCGCCUUUUGAUAAUUCGACGGGGUCGGAUUGUCAGAGUCUGAUUGUCAGAUCGACGGACGGAGUCUGAUUGUUGGAUCGUCGGAGUCUGAUUGUCGGAUCAACGGACGGAGUCUGAUGAUUGUCGGAUCAUCGGAGUCUGAUUGUCGGAGUGUCGGAGUCUGAUCAUCUGAUUGUUGGAGUCUGAAUGUUUGAUUGUCGCAGUCUGAUCGUCGGAGUCUGACCGCCUGAAAUUGUUUCUGUCUGUCUGCCUGCGUGUCUGUCUGACUUUUCCCGGCAUAAAGUGAGCAUAAUUGUGUAGAUGUACUCCUCUUUACUCGAACAAACGAACGAGACUAAAGGAGAGUAAAUCCGCCGGCUCUGCACAUUGCGGUGUAAGCGGACGCCGCUGUACUUUGUUCGUCUUCAUCAUCCUUUUUGUUGUGUUGAUGUACAUAUUUAUAUGUAGCUGUGCACAAAUAUGAGAACACUUACAACUGACAGCUGGUCGAGAUCUAGUUACUCAAGACUUGACCGAUCAUGAAAGAUUGUCGAGCCACAGAGCUCUCUAUGUGUUAGACCUCGUUAAAGAUCUGUGAGAUUUCUUCUGUGGUAAAUGAAUGAUGCCUGUCUGUGUUGUCAGUUCAUAGCUCACGCGUGCAUAGAAGAAAGCAACUUUUAGUCUGUAAAGAAUUGUUUUCAGUUGUAUGGGCUAAAUGUUAGCCUGAAUGUUAUUCCCAGUUUUUAGCAUGUGUGUACGUGUGUGUGCUAUUCAUGAGUUGGACAAAUGUUUCUUCUGUUGUUUUGAAGAUUACGGAAAAAGUUUUUGUUUCCACGCCUACUUAUUGUUUAUCAGACUUUUUUUCUUUUUUUUUUUUCGAUCAGUUCCAUCAGGGUUGAAUGAAUGUGGGUCUUCUGAUGAUACUUAUUGACCCGGUUAGCAGAGGGGGAACGUAAGAUUAAUAGAUUAAUACUAAUAAGAAGAACAGGCCCCAUGUGAUAAAAGCUGCUGCCUGUGUCUACCAGAUGCUCACAGAAGGCUGGAGCUGGUAACUUUUUAUGCUCUUAUUUUUCUUCUUCUCUCGGAAGUUCUUGCUGCUUUCUUCCCCCCCCCCCCCCCCCCCCCCCUCCUGCAUGUGGGGAAUGGAACUGCAGCCUUUUGAGGGAUUCACCCCGCAUUCAGACCAGAGAUCCGCCUCCAUCUGUGUUUUUCUAUCACCGGGAUGGACCGAUUUAUUUUUUUAUAUCUCACCUGCUACUGGUCAGAGCAAAGUCCCACGUCCUACCGUUAAUGAGAGUCUGUCUAGUUUGCUCUAUGGCGUUAAAAAAAUUCUUCCAUUUCUUCUAUGCUAGUCCCGUGUAGUUGAGCAAAUUCAACCAAGCUAAUUUUUCCAUCCUUAUUUUUUUUUUUUAUGGUUAAAUCUGAUCUGAUAUCUUCCACAUGUUCCUGGUCAAAUUUUGAUAUGAAAACCUACAAGAAAUCUAGUAGAAUUUGACCUUAGUUUAGUUUGUCAGUUACUGAGAAAAUACGAAAAUAGACCAGUUGUGGGACCUCAAUUUGCCUCAGACGAAUAUAAAAUCAACCUCAACGAAUGAACAGGUGGUGUGAUAUUGUGAUCUGAAUGACCCCAGUCGGUCACUGUCAAUUAAAUGGACAGACGGACAACCGCGACCCUUUGGUCUGAAUGCACAUUUAUCAAUGGUCGCCCAAAUGUGAAUGGUGGCAACGUUCAGUAUUUUGUUUGUGUGCAUGUGUGUGUGCGUGCGUGUGACUGAAACAAAGGAACAUCGUUUGUAGGAUAACAACAGCGUCGUGGUUGGUUGGUGCUGUCAGUGUCUUGAUACUUUGAGUGCAAUCUACUUCCCUUUGGGGGGAAAAUAGUACCGGUAAAGCAAGGAAUUUUCUUCGGACUUGUAUACGCACCGGUAUUACAAGAAUUCUUGUUGUGUACCAGUAAUGCAAGAAUUUUUCCUUCGGACUUGUACUCCGAAAGGUUUUGUUUUUUGGGAGGUUUUUUGGUUUUGGUUUUUUUGUGGUUGUUCUGGGUGUUGCGACAGCGGCUCUUCCAGAACGAACACACGAGGCUCCGGUUCAAAUUCCGACCCGGGACGGGCGAUGGAAGCUGUCCUGUGGCCGACGCCGUUACGAUGAAUUCAAGAAACGUUGAAUGUUUUUGUUUUACUCUUCAUGAUUAAAGAUUGGGAGUUUGUUUCUUAUAAAUCGGAGAGCAGAUUGAUUAAAGCGUAUUGUAGUUGUA